AUGUCCGAAGAGAGCCCCGCGCAGGUGCCCGAUGACCAGCCAAACCCCAUCUUGGUUGGGCCAGGGUUGAAAGCCCUCAAACAAGAAGCAUAUACCGAUGCAACCAAUGCAACACCUAGUCUACCGAAUAUCUCGAGCGAGGCCCCUUCAUACUUCAACCUUGAGGCUGGAACCGACACUUCCCAGCAAGAAGCUGCGAAAGAGCCGUCUGGCAUGGAGCUGCUGCGUCGAUUGAGCUUGACCUCGGACUCUCCUACGUCUCCCGAGAUUGAUCCGCGUGUACAGCACCCAGGACUACGUCUGAGCGGCCGCCUGAUUAGCGCCGCUUUCUGCAUACCUUAUAAGCUCAACUUCCAAUCGGGAUCGGACUGGACGCUCAAGUCACGCUCCGGCACAUCGGCGCUGUUCGAUUCGUUUGCAUAUCUUGCAUCGGGUGAGACUACCUGGGCACACACCCUGGUAGGCUGGACUGGAGAGGUUGAGCCCGAUGUAGACGUUCACCAGCCAGUUUCGAAUCAUAUGAACAAGGCCGCUGCCCCAGUUCCCGUGGAUGGCACCAAAAAGCCACCCGCACAUCCAUUGGUAGAGGGGAUAAGUGUCACCCAACAGGAUCGAGAGCGACUCGAUGAACAACUGAGUUCUGGUCGUCAUGGCCGUAUACUGCCCGUGUGGCUGUCAGAUGCGUCCGAGGAACCAGAAGAGACCAUUUUAUUGAAAGAUCAAGGAAGAUGGCGCCGCUAUGCCGAACGUGAGCUAUAUCCUCUACUCCACUACAAGCAACAUGGCCCCACAGAUGGCCGAUCAGAGCGACGAUGGUGGGCGGACUAUGUUCGCCUGAAUCAACUGUUCGCGGAUCGCAUUGUGCAGGAAUACCAGGAGGGAGAUGUGGUUUGGGUCCACGAUUAUCACUUGUUCCUCCUACCCAGUCUGCUACGACAACGUAUCCCGAAUAUAUACGUGGGCUUCUUCUUGCAUUCACCUUUCCCCAGCAGCGAAUUUGUCCGGUGUCUCGCGAAGCGCAAGGAGAUUCUGGAAGGAGUGCUGGGCGCUAACAUGAUUGGGUUCCAAACGUUUUCCUACUCUCGGCAUUUUACCUCAUGCUGCACACGUGUUCUGGGCUUUGAGUCCAACUCUGCCGGCGUUGAUGCUUAUGGGGCUCACGUUGCAGUGGAUGUCUUCCCUAUUGGCAUUGAUGUCUAUUCGAUUCAGAAGGCUGCCUUUGGGGCUCCAGAUAUCGAGAAGACUGUGGUGGGCAUUCGCAAGCUCUAUGCCGGGAAGAAAAUCAUUGUCGGUCGCGAUCGGCUGGAUAGUGUUCGCGGUGUCGCGCAGAAACUACAGGCAUUCGAAACGUUCCUGGAACGCUAUCCAGAAUGGCGUGAUAAAGUCGUUCUCAUCCAGGUGACGAGUCCUACCAGCGUAGAGGAGGAGAAGGAGGACCCCGACAAUAAGAUUGCUGGCCAAAUAUCCAAUUUGGUUUCGACUAUAAACGGAAGGUUCGGCUCUUUGAGUUUCUCGCCUGUCCAAUACUAUCCCCAAUACUUGUCCCCGCGCGAGUAUUUCGCUCUGUUGCGCGUAGCAGAUGUUGGACUGAUCACCACAGUACGAGAUGGUAUGAACACAACAAGUUUGGAAUAUAUUGUCUGUCAACAAACCAACCACAGCCCUUUGAUUCUUUCUGAAUUCUCCGGUACAGCGGGCACUCUGCCCAAUGCCAUUCAUAUCAACCCGUGGGAUCUUGUUGGUGUGGCUGGUGCGAUUAAUGAAGCAUUGAUUAUGCCUGCGGCACAGCGGAAGGAGCAACAUUUGAAGUUAUACAAACAUGUUGCCACCAACACGGUUUCUAUGUGGUCCCGCCAGUACCUAAAUCGCCUACUGACCAACCUUUCGUCAUUUGACCAAUCCGUUGCGACCCCCGCACUUGAUCGUGCAAAACUAAUGAAGCAGUACCGCAAGGCUCGUCGACGACUGUUCAUGUUCGACUACGAUGGCACAUUGACACCAAUCGUCAAGGAUCCUCAGGCGGCCAUCCCUUCAGACCGGGUACUUCGUACUCUGAAGAGCUUGUCAGCGGACCCACGCAAUGCCGUGUGGAUUAUCAGCGGACGCGAUCAGGCUUUCCUGGAUGAAUGGAUGGGCCAUAUUCCCGAGCUUGGAUUGAGUGCCGAGCAUGGCUGUUUUAUCCGCAAACCUGGAUCAGAGGAUUGGGAGAACCUGGCCGAAAGCAGCAACAUGGGAUGGCAGAAGGAAGUUGUCGAAGUGUUCCAACAUUACACAGAGCGAACCCAGGGUUCGUUCAUUGAACGGAAACGGGUGGCAUUGACCUGGCACUAUCGUCGCGCAGACCCGGAAUAUGGUGCAUUCCAGGCUCGUGAGUGCCGAAAAGCCUUGGAAGACACCGUUGCCAAGCGUUGGGAUGUAGAGGUCAUGGCGGGCAAGGCCAAUCUGGAGGUCCGGCCAACCUUUGUGAAUAAGGGAUUUAUUGCCACUCGGUUGGUCAAUGAAUAUGGCACCGCCCCAGGGAAAGCACCGGAAUUUAUUCUAUGUCUGGGUGAUGAUUUUACUGAUGAAGAUAUGUUCCGGGCACUGAAUAAGUUUGAACUACCACGCGAUCACGUUUACUCGGUCACGGUGGGCGCCAGCUCAAAGCAGACCGAUGCUAGUUGGCACUUGUUGGAACCGGCCGAUGUCAUUGGAUCAAUUCAGAUGUUAUUUAGCGCUAACCAGGAUCAUUGA